AUGCAUUGGACAGACUUCAUAUGCAAUACGAAGGAGAUUGCAGACCACUCCACCAUCGAGAACCAGUAUGUCCGGCAUGUGUACUCGGAGGCGCUCAGGAAACUCAGAGAGGACAUCGAGGAGCGAUCCGUGAAAGAGGAGCAGCCGAAAAAGGGACCAGGGCUUUACGCCACUUUUGAGGGGGCAAACCCAAUGGAGAGAGAUGGAGAUCAAGGAGGAAUAGCCACAAAGGUGGUGCAAGGUUUCGACCACUUGGUGAGGAUACUAGAAGACUGGAAAUCCUCGAAGACGUGGGUAAUAGUGUGGCCUCAGGAUUCGAACUUGAAGAAAACUGCUUUGGACGACUUGAUCAGAGUGAUCAAAGAAUUCAUGGAGAGCGGAGGAGGCGUGAUCAGUGCGUGGCCACCGAUCAUGUCAAGAAACCACAACAAGUGGUUCAGCAUGAUGGACAUGUGGAAACAUUUAGAUGAAGCCUUAAGAAAACUCGACGACAAGCAAGCCUUCUGCACAGCAAUCAGCAAGAUUCUCGAUGGAAAAUUGUUCAUAGAGGCAGGGGCGCCAGAAGGAAGCGCUCAAUUUUACAGCAACUAUGUUGGAACAUCUCUACCGAAGCAGGUGUACGAGGCAGUAAGGUAUCGCGUAGAAAGUGCGAGGCUGCCAAAAAUAGAGAAGCCGACCUCGAAGGCGAUGUCUUCCCGAUGGGAGGGCAUGUCGGAUGGACCCAUAUGGGGUCGCAAGAGGCGUGCCUUGUAG